AUAAAAUUAAAAAUAUAUUUCCAAACAUAUUUAUAAUGGCAUAUAUAAAUCAACGUUCGCUUAUAACGUUGGGAAUUUCCCGUCGUGCUCAUGAAGUCAUUUUUAUAUUGAUAUAUUUAUUGCAUUUGCAAGUCGUGACAUUUUUCUUCUUACUGUUUCUCUCUAUUCAUUUUAAAUUUGCCUCUGUUGAAGUCAGUUCAUCGCGAGAUUUACAAAAAGACGGAUCAUAUAUAGAUGAAAUUCUCGUGCUCUCAUGGAGGGAUUUUUCGUUAGUUAUGUGGACUUAGCUGUGUUUAUCGUGUCAUUCGGUGUGUCACUGUUAAUCGGGAUAUAUUAUGGAUUCGUGUCGAAGAAGCAGCAAAAUAGUCCUGUUGAAUAUCUCUUGGGUGGCAAGAAGAUGGGCAUUCUGCCCGUGGCGGCAUCACUAGUGGCCACUCAGCUUUCUGGGCCGUCGCUUCUCGGGAUGCCGGCGGAGAUUUAUGCCUUUGGCACGCAGUACUGGCUAAUUAUCUUCCCAACAAUUCUCAUGACAAUCGCAGUGAUUAAGAUCCAUCUGAGAGUAAUCUACGAGCAGGGCUCCUUGUCCAGUUUCAUCUACAUCCAGAGGCGCUUCGGAUGGCGCGUGAAGAAGAUGAUGAGCGCCAUUUAUGCGCUAUCCACACUUCUCUUCCUUCCGGUGGCCAUCUAUGUGCCUGCCCUGACACUCAACCAGAUGACUGGGCUGGACAUUUAUGCCUCGGCAAUGGUUCUGAGUGUCCUGUGCCUCUUCUACACCCUCUUCGGUGGCAUGAGAGCCAUUCUGUGGACGGAUACGCUCCAAUUGGCAUUGAUGCUGACGGCCACGAUUCUGGUCGCACUGCUUGCUGUCCACACAGCUGGUGGUGUCCAGAAAGUGUGGGAGGCGGCAGAUCGUGGAGGUCGAUUAAUUUUCUUCAACUUUAAUAUUGACAUGAGGGAUUGUACACCAAUUCAAUCUAUUGUCCAAUUUCUCUUGAUUGUCUGUGCAAUUGAUUUGCGGAGACUUUCGUGCAAAUCAACUCAUGUUCUUUCUGACUCUUGCAGCAUGAAUGCCAGUCCUGUUGUGCGAGUGUCCUUCUGGACAAUAGCCGUGGGAAAUCCAUUUACUCUUCUCUUUCACCUCGGCCUCAACCCCACCAGCAUUCAGCGAUACAUAACUGUACCGAGUUUUGAGGCUGCCCGGACAAGUGUCAUCGCCAUGAGUGUGGGUUAUGUGGUCUUUCAAGCACUCUUCCUCAUCACCGGAUUAGCUCUCUAUGCAAAUUAUGAGGCGUGUGAUCCUGUCACUGAGGGUGUUAUCAGGAAAAUUGAUCAAAUUGUACCGCAUUUCAUAGUGGAGAAGAGUGACCAUAUUCCCGGAUUGGCAGGAUUGUUUGCAGCUGGCAUUUUCUCAGCCAGUUUGUCCUCCAUGUCUUCAUGCUUGAACACACUCUCUGGUUGUAUCUAUGAGGAUUUUCUCGCUACAACAUUUCGCCACUUCACUGAGAGUCAGAAGAGUCUCCUGCUGAAGGGAAUAGUCCUCGUCAUGGGAGUGAUUCAACUGGCUCUUGUAUUCCUCGUGGACUCCCUCGGAACAAUGGUCUUCCUGCUCACAGUGUCUGUGGUCAGUAUCAGCGGAGGAAUUGUCAUUGGCAUCUUCACAGCUGGAAUGCUCUUGCCAAAGAUGAACUCGUGCGGAGCACUUUGCGGUGGCAUAUCUGCGCUUGUCGCCGUGGGAAGUAUCACGAUAGGAGCGCAAAUGCGUCUCAAGGAACCUACUCUUCCGCUCCGCAGUGACGGCUGCUCAAACAGCACAUUGAUUUCCGCUCCCAUUGAGACGCCUGAUCAAGAGGAUGUCAGCUGGAUAUUCCGCAUAAACUACAUGUUUUAUGCACUCCUGGGUUUUGCUCUAGUUUUUAUUAUCGGAUAUCCUGUGAGUUUGAUGACUGGCGGGGAGCGAGUGAAGGAUGAGAGACUCCUUACGCCGUGUCUCAGGAAAAGAAAGCCAGAGCGCCAAGACAUUCAAUACAACGCAGUGAAUGCACAGAAUAAUAAAUAAUAAAUGA